AUGUCGUUCUCCGGCCGUCGCGUGAGCAUUCUGCGCCCCUCCACCCGGCGCUUUUCCACAAGCAAGGGGUUGUCGGACAAUGAGCAACGGUCCGAGACUCAUCGUCAGUUCCGAACCGCCCACGAGGGUCACCGUCCCCACGCUGGUCUCGAUGCUUCCCGUGCCUCUACCGGUGUAGUCUGGUGCACAGAGCGUGCCAGCGAGCAUGGAUACUCCGAAGAUCCCUCUGGCUGGGCAAAUCUCGGCCAGGGUGCCCCCGAAGCCGACGACGAGAUCGAGGGAAGCUUUCCCCGUCCGACGACGAUCCCCAUCACCUCUGCCACUCGGGAGUAUGGCCCGACCGCCGGUAUCAAGCCGCUGCGUGCAGCCGUGGCCAGGCUUUACAAUGAGCACUACCGGCAAGGCAAGGACAGCCAGUACACCUGGGAGAAUGUCUGUAUCGUGCCCGGUGGCCGUGCUGGUUUGAUCCGAAUUGCUGCGAUUCUGGGCAAUUCGUACCUGUCGUUCCCCAUUCCCGACUACUCUGCGUACUCGGAGAUGUUGACGCUGUUCAAGAACAUUGCUCCGAUUCCCAUCCCUCUGGCUCAGGAGGACCACUACCACAUCCACCCCAAUAAGAUUGCAGAGGAAAUCGCGCGUGGUACUCAGGUGCUGCUAACGUCGAACCCCCGUAACCCUACGGGUCACUUCGUAUCGCACGACGAGCUGGCGGAAAUCCAAGACAUCUGCCGUGACCGUGCCACCCUCAUCCUAGAUGAGUUCUAUGGUGGCUAUAACUAUACGACCGACUGCGAUGGUAGCACGAUCAGUGGUGCCGAGCACGUUGUUGAUGUCAAUAAGGACGACGUCCUUCUGAUUGACGGUCUUACCAAGCGUUUCCGCCUGCCGGGCUGGCGGAUCGCGUGGGUGGUGGGCCCGAAGGAAUUCGUCGAUGCACUGGGCUCCGCUGGAUCGUACCUGGACGGUGGCGCCAACGCGCCGUUCCAGGAGGCUGCCAUCCCGAUGCUGGAGCCGUCGCUGGUGCGCGCCGAGAUGAAGGCGCUGCAGACGCACUUCCGCGAGAAGCGCGACUACGUGCUGGGCCGUCUGUACGAUAUCGGCUUCCGCGUGCAAGACGUCCCGCAGGCCACUUUCUACAUCUGGCUCGACCUGACCUCGCUCGACCCGCCACUGCCGGCCGAAGCCAACAUCUCCGACGGACUGAACUUCUUCAACGCCCUGCUAUAUGAGAAGGUCAUUGUGGUCCCGGGUAUCUUCUUCGAUCUGAACCCGGCCAAGCGUCGUGAUCUCUUCGACAGCCCUUGCCACCACUUUGUGCGUCUAAGCUACGGGCCCAAGAUGGAUGUCUUGAAGAUGGGUCUCGAUGGUAUCGAGCGUGUCAUCCGCCGUGCGCGGGAGAUGGGUCAGCCCCAGCGCUGGGAGGAUGAGGUGGCCAUCCAGGACGAUUAA